UCGGGAUUAAUGUUUUCAUGUUCCAGAAAAGCUUAAGAAUGAGCGGGAAAGGUAGUGUCGGGAUCGUAGGAUCGGGAUUGAUCGGGAAAAGUUGGGCAAUGAUCUUUGCUAGUGUUGGAUACGAGGUGAAACUGUUUGAUGUUGAGCCCAGCCAGGUGUCCACCGCCCUGGAGAACAUCAAGUCAGAGCUCCUGGAGUUCGAGGAAGCAGGAACACUCCGGGGAACUCUACCAGCAGUGGAACAAGGAAAACUGAUCACUGGAACCUCUAGUCUCAAGGACUGUGUCCAGGACGCAAUAUACAUCCAGGAGUGUGUCCCGGAGAACCUGGAGUUAAAGAUCAAGGUUUGGACGGAGAUCGAUGGUUUGGUAGAUGAGACAACUAUUCUUGGUUCAUCAACAUCUUGCAUUGUUCCGAGCCUUAUCUCUGAGAAACUAAAGAACCGGGAGAGAUUCAUAGUUGCUCAUCCCUGCAACCCUCCAUACCAUACACCAAUGGUGGAGCUAGUUCCUGCACCCUGGACUAACCAGGAGACCCGUGACACAACCAGGGAACUGAUGUCAGCUAUAGGUCAGGGACCGGUCAGCCUCUCCAGGGAGCUGCCUGGGUUUGUGCUGAACAGGAUCCAGUAUGCUCUUCUCAACGAGUGCUGGAGACUUAUCCGGGACGGAAUAGUUUCUCCACAGGACCUGGAUGUGGUGAUGAAGGAUGGGAUGGGGAUGAGAUAUGCUCUGAUGGGUCCAAUGGAAACCAUUCAUUUGAACGCAGACGGAACGCAGAACUAUUGCGACAGAUACGGAGAAACCAUUUUCAAUGUUUCAUCUGACUCCGGACCCGUCCCAACAGGGUGGAAACAGGAGAGUGAAGCUGACCGAGCUGAAGUAGCUGCUCUUCAUGCUGCUCUGUGUGAGACAGUACCCCUGGAGAAGCUGUAUGAGAGACGGGUUUGGAGAGAUAAAGGUUUAGCUGCUCUUGGUAAACUAAAGAGGGAUUUGGCUAAAUCUGCAAAGGAUGAAUAAACCACUUUAAAAAAUCGAAAUUUACUGAGCGGAAGGAGAAAAAAUGUCCAAAAUGUUUCAUAUAAUAAAUUUUUAUCUUUG